UCGCUGCCGCUACCGCAGCUUCCGCCGGUAUAUUGCCCUGUUCAGAGAAAAAACGUAAAAGAACAUCCAUUGCUGCACCAGAAAAAACAGAAUUAGAAGAACAAUUUAAAUUACAAAGUCGUCCUACGGGUGAUCGUAUAGCUGCUAUAGCAGAAAAACUUGAUCUCAAAAAGAAUGUUGUUCGUGUUUGGUUUUGUAAUCAACGGCAGAAACACAAAAGAAAUCAAUUUCGUACAAAUCGUGUAAUAUCCGGACUUUCACAAAUGGCCAGCAGUAGUGAUCUUGACCAGCACCAAAAAUCACCAAUUUCACACCAUCAAAUACAACACAGUCAAUAUCAGAACACUUUAGACAAUAAAUUGGUAUCCUCGUGUAACUCAACAACUACAGCAGCAGCCGCGUCUCUAGCAGCAGCGGUUCAGGCAGCAGCCGCUGCUAGUAUGCACCACCAACUUAGAGAACAACAAAGACAGUGUAAAGAAAAUUUAUUUAAAUUUUAA